ACAAAGAUUUUCGUAUUAAAUUCUUAUUUACUCGUAUUUACUACGAACGAGUCGAAUAUUGUCAAAGUGCUGCAACCAAUCACUCGAAUGAUGUCUGCUUCGACUAAGAGGAUACAAACAGCGGACCAUAUUAAUAUCGAUAAUAUACUGCAUCAUGUGUGUGUGACGUGUGUAUUUAUUAUAUAUAUGUAGCUCUAUAUUAAGAGUCCCUUCGCGUUUUCAUUGCAACAUUAUUUUGCCGCCUCAUUACAAAACGGCGUAUGCUCCUCAGACUUCGACGAUAUCGAAAUGCAAGAAGAAAGAGUCUGUAAAAACAAAAAACAAAAAAUAGAAAGGAAAAAAAACGAUACGUGCACGUAUAUAAUAUAAUAUAUUAUAAUAUAUUCAUUUGUGGUCACCAAAUGUACGCCGUCCCGUUUAAUUGACAUGUUGCGCGGUAGAGGAGGUAUUAUUAUUAAUUAUUAUGUACAGUAUAUAAUAUAAUAUAGUUGUAUAGUAGUAAAAAACGAAAAGGGGGACGACCAUCGAUGGCGUACACAUGUUUGUGUACAUACGGUAUGGUAGCACUUGGAUUUUUUUUUCAACACAAUAUUAAAACUUUUUCUACAGUCAUUGUCGUCGUCUUCUGGUUAUUCGCCGUAAACACACACACACAUACACAAACACACACACAUAUGCGCGAGCCCAUACUUAUAUAUAAUAAUAAUAAUAAAAAUAAUUAAUAACACAAUAAUAUUCAUCAACUAUUAUUAUCCGAUUGAAAGAUGACAACGAGAAAAAAAAUGAAAAAUAAAGCGUAGAAAAAAAAAACAAACAUGACGUCUAAAACGCGAGCUAAACACUCGGUAAUGGCGACAGGGAUCGAGGCGUUAUACACAAAGCCGGUGGACAAGGGGAUGCGGAGGAGGUGAAAAUCACGUGUGCCGACUCGGUGAUUAAUAUGCCAGAGGAAUAAAAAAAGAAACGUCCCUUCGAACCUAUGAUGUGCUCUCCGAGGUGACGAGGAGCCAGUCUUGCACAGGCCACGAAGACGAACAGGUUCAUCGCACAUCUAAGACCGAUACCAAAUAAUACGCGAUACCUAUUCAUCAAGAUAAUAUUAUACUGUGAUCUUGUGUUGUUAUAAAAUUGCUAUAUCGCAGCAUAAAUCGAUCGACGUCAGCAAUAUUUAAGUCAGUGUUUAGUGGCAGUUAGUUUAUAAAAAAAUAAAAUAAUUACCGAGGAAGUCAAAACCGUACGGCUCUGAAAACCUCCUGCGUGGGUGCAUUUUUAUUUCUAUUUCAUUCGUUUCGCAAAUAUCGAAAAGAACGCCAAAAGAUUCACGAUGAAGAUCGAAAACGACGCAGAUCCUUAUAUGUGGUUUGCCGACUGUCUGGGACCUGAGCCGCAGGACUGGAUGAAGGACGUGGGGCUGGAUUGGUUUGACGAGGAACUGUUGGGCCGACCUGAAUCACCCGUGCCGUCAGCACCAGUGCCAAGACCCUCGGCUAUGGAAAACAGUGGUGACCAUCGGAGAUACCGAGGUAGUUACCCGUCAUAUACCAUAGAGUCGUCUGCAUGGCUCAUCCAACAACACCAACGGUCGGCCGACUCCGGGGACGACAACGACGAAGACGACUCGUUGCCACCUCCCGUCUUGCCACCCAUGAUACCCGGCACCAGGAGUUUUUCCGACCAACUGCACAGGAUCCGGAAACCAUAUGCUUUAGGCUCACCACCAUCCACCUCAGCUUCUGGAUUAUUGGAAGUCCAAGAUUUUGAUUCAUUUGGACACACAAUUAUGGCCGACGAAGAAGUUUGUUUUGACAUACCAUUUUUAAUGAACGACCAAGAUGAUAAAUCGCUCCUUCCAUCAGACAAUCAGGUGGUGAUGGCCAAAGACGAUUGUGAUGCCAUAAUGUUUGACACAUUUUUGGAGCCACUAUACCAAGGCAAUCCCUGCGACGGAGUGUUGGCGUGCGAAUGGGAAGGGUGCACGGUAAAAGUCGAUGGGCCAGGUCAAGAACCGCUGGUGCGGCACAUCGAGAAACUACACGUGGACACCGCUCCCCGGGGCGCCUGCGCGCAGUACACGUGCCAGUGGCGGGGCUGCCCCAGGCGCGUGCGUCCGUUCAACGCCCGGUACAAGCUGCUCAUACACAUGCGAGUGCAUUCGGGUGACAAGCCCAACAAAUGCACGUUUGCUGGCUGUCCAAAAGCAUUCUCUAGGCUAGAGAAUUUAAAAAUUCAUCAGCGGUCACACACCGGUGAAAAACCAUAUUCAUGUCAAUUUUUGGGUUGCUCAAAAGCGUUCAGUAACAGUUCGGAUCGAGCGAAACAUCAAAGAACACAUUUCGAACAGAAACCAUAUGCCUGUACGGCAAGUGGAUGUAACAAACGGUACACUGACCCGAGUUCACUCCGAAAACAUGUAAAAAACCAUUCGCCACAACCAUCUACGAAGCAUUGGUCCAAAAAUAAUAUUUUACCUAAACCCCAUCAUGUUCAAUCAGAAUUGGGCAGUACAACAAACACUCAGGCAAUACGUUAUCCCGAUGAAAAACAGUUCAAAAUCAAAUUAGAAAAGACUCAAUGGUAAAAUGUAUGUUGCAUAACGCAUACUUUUUAGGUUUAUGAAGCAUGUGAUUUUUGAAAACUAAGCUCAUGGAUUUAUAAUAAUUUGUUGUGAUUAUAGAGAAUAAAAACUAUUUAAAUAAGGUAUCUUAAGCAGAUUAAAUUUAGGGAUGCAUUUUAAAUUUUUGUUGUCUUUUAAUAUUAUAAUUAUAUAUCAAUCUCAUUUAUUUUAACUUUUCU